UCUCAGAUGUCUUGAAUCGUCGAAACACAGUGCAAUUUUUAUACAUUUUCCUUUUGUUUUUUAGCAGUUUUAGCCGACUAUUAUGUAAAUUUGCAGUGCUUAAACAUUCAAAACUCACAAACCGUAUCAAUUCAAGAGGUUAUACGUAAAUACUAAAAAUUCUGUUGUGUUUUAGAUGAAUAAGUUUGUUUCUUUCACGAGCAGUCGAACUGCAAAUACAGCGUCGUCUAAUAACAAUGCUACAAGUAGUGGUCAAUCAAACGGUGGCAGUACAAUUUCAGAGGAGAAUUUCGGAAGUUUACAAGAUGAAACAGGACUUUUACGGGGCAAAGAUGAUUUGGAACUUAUAAACGAUGAUCUAGACACUCUUUCAUUUACAAAGGCUAAACUAGUUAACCCUGAAUGGAGCAACGAGGACAGAACUGACGAGGUUAUCCAGGAACUACCGCCCGAAAAAGUGCGAUGGUUUUACAAAAACUUCUCCGACAAACUAUGGACCGAAUUCAACGGAUACGAUUCGCUGAAAAUUGAAAACAAAUUUCGUAAGUUGACUCGGGAAGAGUUGAAGAUAUUUUCGACCUCGGUACGUGAUUUGAAACCUACGAGUCCAGUUUCGUUUGAUUCUCCAAAACAUAGUUUUGAACAAAAUGCCAAAGUUAAUGAUAAUGAUGAGAGCGAAUCGGUUUUGAAGGAAAAGAUUGUUGUGAGAGGAGGUUUAUAUGAAGUAGAUUUGCUGCAAAAGACUUGUGCGUCAAUAUUUUGGCCAGGUGAGGAGAGUGUAGUGACCCGUGGCUCAUGGUUCUAUGAGACGAAUUGGCAGCCUUUGGAGUUGGAGACUUGCGAAUGCAUCGAGAGAGUCCAUCUGCAGCGAUUUGCCGGUCAGAGAGUGUCGGAUACCAAGGAUGUAUUGGAUGCUACCAGACCAACUAGGAAAGCGAUAUUCUCGGAGCCGUUCUCGGACUUCAGUGUCGACUGGUAUGGACCUCGCGAUGUCUACCUGUUCAGUCGAGCCACACCUACCAAGAUUGUGCGUUCGUUUACACAGAAACUGGGCGGUUAUUUUCACAAAACUACUGGCACAAGAUUACUGCGUGGAUAUAAGGAGAUAGCUACUGAUGUGGAUAAACCUAAGGAUAUAACACAUCUGGUGUUUGUGGUGCAUGGUAUUGGACAGAAAAUGGAUAUUGGAGGAAGGAUUCUACAGAAUACUGCACUCUUACGCCAAACAGUGCUAACCCUUCACGAGCGGCAGUUCUCCAGUUCGGGCGAGCGCGCCGAGUUCUUCCCGGUGGAAUGGCGCAUGUCGCUGCAACUGGACUGCGGUCUGGUGGAGGCCAUAACACCCAUGAAUGUGGUGCCACUGCGCAACUUCCUCAACUCGACUGCAAUGGACAUCAUGUACUACACCAGCCCUAUCUACAGUGCCGAGAUCCAGCAGGGGUUGAUCAACGAACUGAACCGGUUGUACACACUGUAUGUGCAGAGAAAUCCCACCGCUGACACCAAAGUGUCGAUUGUCGCUCACUCGCUCGGAUGUGUCAUUGUGUAUGACAUUAUCACUGGGUGGAUGCCACAGAAUCCAUUCUCGGAGCACACGACGCCAGCUGAUAGAAGUCAUAUACUAACGGGCAAAUCAAGAUUAAAAUUUGAGGUAGAGAACUUCUUUUGCCUGGGUUCUCCACUAUCCGUGUUCCUAGCACUGCGUUACCCCAGGGGGCAACAUGGUUACCAUUUGUUUCCCCCCAACCUCUGCCGAAGACUGUACAACAUUUUCCACUUAUCCGAUCCAGUAGCUUAUAGGUUAGAACCUCUGGUAGUUAGAGACUACAGCAAGAUUGCCCCCAUUCAGAUUCGGCCCUACAACUCCUCACAUCGAGUGCCCUACAGUGAACUGCCUCUAGAGAUAAUUGUCAACCAGGAAACCGUCGGAGGAGGAGGAGGAGGAAGUUCAAAUUCUGCCUCCUCUCCAUCUUCUGCUCCUUCCGCUAGUGUCAACGUUCCCUCCUCCACCUCCUCCUCUACUCCUUCCGCUUCGGAAAGUGGAAUGAAGGAAGGAGGAGGAGGUGGUAAAGAGGGAGUAAGAGAGGAGGGUGCAACCACUGUUUCUCCCACUGAGACUCCGGUUAGAGAACGAGGAUGGAGCAUAUGGAGUCUGGUGCGCGGUCAUAAAAACCAAGAUGGCGGAACUAGUUCACCACAACAGGUUGAUUCACCAACUCAAGGUCUAGAACACCGUCUCGACUAUGUCCUGCGUUCCUCGGUGGUCGGCAUCUCCUACUGGAGCGCAAUGACGUCACACACCGGUUACUGGAACAAUCCAGACGUUGCCUACUUCAUACUGACUCAGAUAUUCCCUAAUCUGGAGCUCGAGUCAUCAUCUUCGACGGUUGCCAGCAGUCCUAGCCCGUCGCCGGGCGAAGUGAGUUCUGUGCCGCUGCUAACCAACCUCAACCUGGCUCAGGAGGAGGGCGAGGAGGAGGUGGUGGUGGGAGGUGGAGGAGUGGGUAGGUGAGGUAUGUGGUUAGGUUAGGUUAGGAAAGGUUUUGUUUAUCUUGUUAGGUUGUGUUUGUGUUGUUAAGUUAUUAAUAAAGUUUGUAGAAUUGAUGGUGAUGUUCUGAAAUCUCUUAACAAUAAGAAAACAAAGAUAUUGUCAAAUUUCUCUGAACAUUUAUUAAAAACUUUAAAACAUAACCAUGGUAUC